UUGAAGAUCGCCUCGUAUGUCGGAAAAUAAUACUACAAAAACGGAAAACCAUCUGCAGGAGAUCCAACGGCCAGGAGGAUUCCUUUCCGGUGAAUUCUCAUCUUUCCCCUCCGGUUUUCUGCGGUUCCUCAUCAUAGAAAUCUCCUCCUUUCCAUCCAUAAGGAAGAAUCCCUUCUUUUUGUUCGGGACAGCCAUUCCCUUGUUCAGAUAUUUUAUUUAUAAUCAAUAAAAUUUUGUGGAGUUUUGGUGGCUGUGUUGUUAUGGGUGCUGCAACUAAUGUUGUAAACAAUAAAGAGGAGAAGUUGCCACGAGAAGUAAAGGAUGCUCUACAAUCAUUGGCAUCUGAGUGGGAUGAUAUAGUGGACUCAAAAGCUUUGCAGGUUAUCCCUCUUAAAGGUGCGAUGACCAAUGAGGUCUUCCAAAUAAAAUGGCCAACCAGGACAGAUGAUGUGUCACAAAAGGUUUUAGUUAGGAUUUAUGGUGAGGGUGUGGAGGUGUUCUUUGACCGGGAUGAUGAGAUCCAGACAUUUGAGUUCAUGUCAAAGAAUGGGCAAGGACCUCGUUUGCUAGGACGGUUCCCAAAUGGGCGAAUUGAAGAGUUCAUCCAUGCACGGACACUGUCAGCAUCUGAUUUGCGUGAUCCAGAUAUAUCAGCUCUAAUAGCAGCUAAAUUAAGGGAGUUCCAUGAACUCGAGAUGCCCAGUCCAAAGAAAGUUUGGCUAUGGAAUAGAUUGCGAAAUUGGCUUAAUGCAACCAAGAGGGUUUGCACUCUGGAAGAAGCUAAAGCCUUUCGCUUGGAAGCUUUUGAGGAGGAAAUUUCUAUGUUGGAAAAGAAACUCUCAGGGGGCCAUCAACACAUAGGUUUCUGCCACAAUGAUUUACAAUAUGGUAACAUAAUGAUCAAUGAAGAGACUAAAUCAAUAACCAUUAUUGAUUACGAGUAUGCAAGUUACAAUCCUGUUGCCUAUGAUAUUGCUAACCACUUUUGUGAGAUGGCUGCUGACUAUCAUACAGAUACUCCCCAUAUUAUGGAUUAUAGUAAAUAUCCAGGUUUGGAAGAGCGCCUAAGAUUUCUGCAUGUAUACCUGAACUCAUCAGGUAAGGAACCUAGAGACACUGAAGUGGAGCAGCUGCUUCAAGAUGUUGAGAACUAUACUCUAGCAAGCCAUCUCAAUUGGGGCUUGUGGGGAAUAAUAUCGGAACAUGUGAAUGAAAUUGACUUUGACUACAAGGAAUAUGCCAGGCAGAGGUUUCAACAGUAUUGGAUGCGGAAGCCUGAGCUGUUGGGCUCUUCUUGAGGCCCUACUUGUUAGUGUUAAUAAGGAAAAGCCAAAUGGACUCAGAAGGAACCAGUUGGUCAUUUCAAGCAAUAUUUGAGCUUGGCCAAGGAAAAAGAAAAGCUAGUUUCAGGUAACCCUUUGUUUCAUCAAAUUGUGCACACCGAAGGCCAAAAACAAAUCUGCAACUGGGUGAAUUGCAGUGGAGGGAUGAAAUGAUGGUAAAAUAAAAGAAGUGAUAUGUAAUCCUUGAAUCAAUCAUUUUGUUUUGAGCAAUAUCUAAUAAUACAUCUGAAAGAUCCUAUCAUAUUAGUGUCCUUUUCGUUUGGUUGGAGAGGCAUUAGUUGCAACUAGCUACUUAGGGUUGUUCGGAUAUUUGUUGUAAGUUGAUUUGAAUCAAUCCUUUUUUAACUGAAUUUUGUCUACUUGAUCGCAUGAUACAUUUAGCUAUUGAAGUGUUCUUAUCGCGGGAGCAUAUCUUCUACAAUAACUGUAUUACAAUUAACUAAUCAGAUUUUAAAGUUAUAUAGAGUUUCCCAAAAUAUUAUUUGAAGUCCCCUCUUUUAACUGAUGACUUUCACUUGAUUUUUGAUUGGACAAUUAUAGCAUUAUAAUAAAAAAACGGUAAUGGAAAUGCUCUCUCCUAUCACU